AAAUCCAAGAUGAAAAUAAAUAAUGAUUGACGACAAAAGGCAAAAAAGUAAAAAGUGUAUUUUAUUUGAAAACGAAAACUAAAAAAACUGACAACCUACACUGACACUGGACACUAUUAAGUCUUGUUACUAGUUUUGCUUUGUAUUUUAGCCGUUUCUUUAAGAAUCUCGAUCUGUCGAUUAAGUGUAAAUGUAACAGAUGUUCUAAACAUGUUUUAGGAAGGUUUCUUGGUUAUAACAACUUGGAAUUGUAACAUAACCUCCCAUAAGGUACUUCUGAUAAUUUUAACUUUGAACCAUGGCAGGAUUCAGCUUUGGGGCGCCAACAACAUCAGCACCAUCCUUUUCCCUUGGAGGAAACACGUCGACCGGGGGAUUCAACUUUGGAGCAACACCCGCCACGACAUCAGCAGCCACUAAUCUUCAGUUUAAUUCUCCAGCGUCUACAUCAGGAGGAACUGUCUCCUUUGGUGCCAAUGCUAACCAAGCCAGUUCUGGAUUCUCUUUUGGUGCUGCCCCCACUACUCAGCCAGCUGCCCAGUUUAAGCCAGGAGGGUUUAGCACAACAAAUACACAGCAGCCGACAGGUCUAACAUUCGGUUCAACACCGGCCACAACACAACCCACCAUCAGUUUUGGAAGCACGCCAGCGACCAGUCAGACUCUCAGUUUCGGCAGCACACCCGCUGCCACCUCACAACCCCUCAACUUCAGUGGUGCUGCUCAACCUACUCUCAGUUUCAGUAACAACACUGCUGCCACACAAGCAGGACUUACAUUUGGAUCUACCCCAGCAACCACCCAGAAUACACUCAACUUUGGGCUCUCCACUCCUGCUUCUUCUGCUGGUACAGGGUUCAGCCUGGGAGCUGUUGCUACACAAGGUACAGGUCUAGCUGCCAAACCAACUCUGACAUUCGGCAGUGCUACCACUACUGCUGCCUCCACUGCUUCUACUCCAUCUUUGCUCAACUUUUCUGCUCCGAAAACUACUGCUUCUACAGGAUUUUCACUUUCAGUGUCGUCUGGACUGGGGACUGGAACAAGGUCCCUGUUCACUGGUUCCACCACCACUGCACCAACUGCUAUCUUCAACUCCACUUCAGCUCCUGCUAUCUUCAAAGGCCUUGGUGGUGUUGACACUACCACUACCCAAGGUUCAGGUCAAAAAGAUGCAAAAUCGGUCAAAGAAAACAUAGUGAAUCAAGAAAUAAUGCAAACCUUUGAUGUGUUCAAAAACUUUGUGAAGCAACAGAAAAAUUUAAGCUGUGAAGUGUCACGUGCCCCUGUUAAACCCAUGCACAAAGUCACUGAAGAUACAGAAGCUUUGAAACAACUGCUUACCUCUGUAUCAAGUGCCUUACAAAAGAACCGAGUGAUUGCCAACAAACUGAAAGCUGACACAACUAAGUGUCUCUCCCUGUGUGAGAUGGCUCAACGUACACACGACACACCCCCGGGGCUGCAGAAUGACAACGUAGCUCCUCUAGAGUUCUUCAUUCAGUUGGUGUCCAAAUUUGAGCGAGACAUCCAAGUUCUCCGUCAAGAGAUUGACAACACUGAAAAACAUGUCAACUCAUUAUCAUACCCUGCUAUUCUAACCCCUCAAGAGUUGUCCGUGGCAUUACGCAGGCUGCAUGACAGCUUUGUCGCGCUGGCUGGUAGACUACAGACAGCCCACGCUGGUGUGAUCGCACAGAAGGAGCGACACCUCAGUCUACGUCGUCACUUCCUUAAGGACCACACAAACAUCUUUGAGCACUCCUCCAGAAAUGCAUCUGCUGUAAAGAAACAACAGCAUGCAAGUAUUUUGCCUAUGACAGGACCAACUCCUUUUUCCAGUAUUGGAGGGAUCCACAAUAUGAGUUUCAUCAACCAGGAUAAGCCUGUGACUUUCUCCUCUGGGAAUUCAGCUCUCUCAGGUUGGGGGACUUCUGCGAUAUCCAGUCUGAAUCCCUCCUCAACAUCAAACUUCCUGCAGUCGCCCGGGUCAAGUUUGCUGAGUUCUCCUCAGCCCGUGGACAACCAGAGUUUCCAGCUUGGCAAACCUCCCCCUGGCAACAAACGAGGGAAGCGAUAAACCAUCAUCAUAGACUAUGUUCAAACUAUUGAAUAAUUAAAUUUGUAAUAUGAUUUUUGUAAAAGUUAAGCUAUUUAAAUAAAUCAUCGUAUCCAAGUA